AUGGUAUUAUUACUUUAUGUUGAUGACAUUAUAUUAACUGGAAAUUCAGAGGAUUUACUUACUGAUCUUGUUAAAUAUUUGAGCAAUAACUUUGCUAUGAAGAAGUUGGGAGAUUUGCAUUAUUUCUUAUGUUUAGAAGCAAUAAGAUCAUCUGAUGCUAUCAUGUUAACUCAAAAGAAGUACACAUUGGAAUUGCUUGCUAAAUCUCAUAUGCUGGAGUGUAAUCCAUGUAGUACUCCAGUAGCUAAAGGACCAAGAGUGUCGGUAAAUGAAGGAAAUUUAUUGUCAAUUGCAACUGAGUAUAGAACCAUAGUGGGUAUGUUACAGUAUUUAUGCUUAACUAGGCCUGGCAUAUGUUUUGCAGUUAACUAUGUUAGUCAAUAUAUGCAUGCUCCUACUGAUAUUCAUCUUCUAUUGGUAAAGAGAAAUCUUAGAUAUUUAAAAGGAACAACUAGUUAUGGUAUAACAUUAAGAAAAGGAGAUGUUGAGUGCUUAACUGCCUACACUGAUUCAGAUUGGGGAAGUUUCCCUGAGACAGCUAGGUCUACAUGUGGAUAUGCAAUUUUUAUGGGUAACUCUUUAAUCUCUUGGUCAAUCAAAAAGCAACCAACUUUACAUAUUACACUUAAGAAGCCCAUAGCUCUAUACUGUGAUAAUACAAGUGCAAUUUACUUAUCUGCAAAUCAUGUCUCUCAUUCCAGGGCCAAACAUAUAAAGAUCCACUAUCAUGUUGUGAGUGAGUUAAUUGAAGAAGGAUUUUUGACUGUCCAACAUGUUUCAUCGGAGAAUCAAUUAGCAGAUUUAUUCACAAAGGGACUUUGUGCACCUAUUUUUACUUCUUUGCUACAUCAGCUACUGGGACUUUCUUCAUCAGCUAAUACUACUUCUUCAGCUUCUACAACAAGUACUUCUUCUGAUAUUACAAAUUUAAAAGAAACUGCUGAGUUCUCAGCUUAG